CGCUCAGCCGCUAUUUAAACUCCUCCGGCAUUAAAAUUCCACAAAACUCUCGAUCCUUCACCGGAACAGCAGAGAACAUUCACCAGACCUCGACCUGUCAUAUUCACCGAUUCCACUGACUGCUUCUGUUUCGAGACGAUGUGGGAACUUUUGCUGUAGUUUCUGGAGAUUGUUCGGAUGCUGCUGAUUCAGUUUCGCACUGUUUGAUUUAUGAGUUAUUUUUGGAGAGUACUUUAUUGUAUCGGAGGCGGUCUGAAUAUUUCUUGGACACUUUCCGGAUAUUAUUGAUUGCUUUUUAGUUUUUCCGCGAGUAUGUGGAGAUCAUGUGGAGGUGUGCUGCUGCUCGUGCACGCGCUGGUGCUCGUUGGCGCUCAGUUCCCACGCGUGUGCGUGACGCCGGAGGGCCUCGUGAGCGCGCAGUGCUGCCCGUCCCCGUUCGCUGUGGACAGUGACCCGUGCGGCGCGAGCUCCGGGCGCGGGCAGUGCGUGGACGUGCGUGCGGAUGCGCGUGCACACGGCCCACAGUACCCGUACGACGGGCGCGACGAUCGCGAGCGCUGGCCUCUGCGCUUCUUCACGCGCGCGUGCCGCUGUAACGGGAACUUCAGCGGCUUCGACUGCGGCCGCUGCAGACACGGAUUCACCGGAGACGCGUGCGAGCGGCGCGUGCCCGUGGUCAGGAGAAAUGUGAUGCAGCUCAGCGCGGAGGAGAAGCGCGCCUUCGUGAGCGCACUCGACCGGGCCAAGCGCGCUCCUCACCCGGACAUCGUGAUCGCGACCCGCCGGUACCCCGAGAUUUUCGGGCCGGGCGACAACACGACGCAGUUCGAGAACAUCAGCAUCUAUAACCUGUUCGCGUGGACGCAUUAUUACUCGGUCAGUAAGACGUUCCUCGGGCCCGGGCAGGACAGUUUCGGCGGCGUCGACUUCAGUCACGAGGGGCCCGGAUUCCUCACCUGGCACCGGUACCAUUUACUGCAGCUGGAGCGAGACAUGCAGGACAUGUUAGGAGAUCCGAGCUUCGCUCUGCCGUACUGGAACUUCGCCAUCGGCGGCAGCGAGUGCGACAUCUGCACGGAUGAUCUGAUGGGCGCGCGCAGCACCUUCGACACGACCUCCCUCAGCUCCAACUCCAUCUUCUCGCGCUGGCGGGUCGUCUGUGAGAGCGUGGAGGAGUACGACACACUGGGAACCAUCUGCAACAGUUCGGAGAGCGGUCCCAUCCGCAGAAACCCGGCCGGUAACGUGGCCCGUCCAAUGGUGCAGCGGCUGCCCGAACCGCAGGACGUGGCGGCGUGUUUGGAGCUGAACGCGUUCGACACGCCACCCUUCUACUCCACGUCCUCCGAAAGCUUCAGGAACUCCAUCGAGGGUUACAGCGCUCCUCAGGGAAACUACGACCCCGCGGUCCGCAGCCUGCAUAACCUGGCACACCUGUUCCUGAACGGGACGGGCGGACAGACGCAUUUAUCACCCAACGACCCCAUAUUCGUGCUGCUGCACACCUUCACCGACGCCAUCUUUGACGAGUGGCUGCGCAGACACGCUCCCGAUGCUGCCGUCUAUCCGCUGGAGAACACGCCCAUCGGACACAACCGAGAGUUCAACAUGGUGCCCUUUUGGCCGCCGGUGACCAAUGCAGAGAUGUUCGUCACAGCACCCGAAAACCUGGGAUACUCCUAUGAGGCCGAGUGGCCAGCUCGUCCGCUCACACUGACGCAGAUCAUCACCGUCGCCGUGGUUGCCGCACUCAUCGUCGUGGCGAUUAUUUUUGCCGCCACCACGUGUGCCGUUCGUUCCCGCGCAUACAGGAUGGAGGGGCGGCAGCCGUUGCUCGGAGACCAGUAUCAGCGCUACGACGACCACGACAAAACACAGUCUGUCGUAUAAACACAUAAAAAUACCUAAACAGUAGAACAAUUUGUAUUAUUACCAUAAGCCAUUCUGAGCAACAGAAUCUGAAUGUGCAAUUAAAGGUGCUUUUUUUUUUUUUUUUAAAUACUACACAUAAAAUGUCUCAUGCUAUCUGACAUUACUGAACAGUUACAGAGAUAAAUCAGUCUGACCAUUUAGUAUAUCAGACAACACUAGCUGAAACGUCUUUGUUUAAUGGUUUAAUUGUGAAUAAUUUAAAGUGUAAUCCUGAAAAGUUCGAA